AUGAUGACCAGUAUCACUCCUUUCAUCACAUCUGCAUCCAGGCAGAUCACUCGCCGCGCAGUAUCCCCAGUCGCCAAGGCCGCGGUGGCUACGCCCACCAGAGCUUUGUCGGGAAGCUCCAUACACCAAAGCCCGACCCUAUUGGAAGACCAGAAUGGCUUUGAUUUUGCGAGGUCAAACCCUCGCCAGGGAAAGCCAAGAAGUAGUGGCGUUACUGAGAUCCGUGGUCCAUAUUACUCUGUGAUGGGGAAGCGAUACCUAGCGGACGUCCUGGAGACCUUUGACGUCAUCGAGUUAUCUUCAGGGUUCCUCUCCUUCCCCGAAGACGACUGGCUUCGACUAGUCGACAAAGUCCAAUCAUACAAACUCGAGCCCAAGCCCGAGUUGGGCAUUCAAUUCGGCGCCGGUGGCGACACCCCUGCAGCUGAACUCGAAGCUAUCGGCGCUUCUGAUCCAGGAAAAUUAGUCAACUUGGGUCGCAAGUUCCUCGAUGCCGGGGUCAAGCGUCUCAUGAUCGAGUCCGAAGGCAUCACCGAGAAUGUCAAUUCGUGGCGAACAGACGUAGUCUCAAGAAUCAUGAAAGAGCUCCCCGCAGAACGUGUGAUGUUUGAAGCGGCGGAUCCCAAAGUGUUCAACUGGUAUAUCCGGGAGUUUGGCAUCGAUGUCAAUUUGUUUGUGGAUCAUAGCCAGAUCGUGCAGUUGACGUGCCUGCGAUCAGGUAUUUGGGGCACUGCGGAUACUUGGGGGAAGAUCGUCACCUUCAGACCAACUUGA